AUGGUCGCCACUGCGAAAUCGAACCGAUCAUUCACGCCUAGAAAGACUGCGACAUCAACCACUCUAUCCAAGAAACCAGCAAAACCAAAUGCAAGCAUCCUUAGCUUUUUUCAAAAGACCCAACGACCCGAAGACUCCCUUUUUGUAGGAACAGUCGUUGAUGCUGCUAAGCAUGAGGAAGAUAUCUACAGCCACGAUGACGAUCACCGCUUCAAUGAGUCGACAAUGUCCAACAAAAAGAGACGACUUAGCGAUGAGCAUCUGGCAUUGAGAGAGAACAGUGAAUCUGUCUCUGCCAAGUCAGAUUCCAGCAACAACUCACACGACUACAAGCUGGCUAAAAGCGCCAAGCCUCGACUAAACGUCCCCUUCGUCAUGGAUUCCGACAGCGACGAUGAUCAAGACGACGACCAACAACGAGAGGCUCCUUCUUCCGUGUCCACAAAACCCAACAAAUCAUCUCUUCCAGAUAGCUGUGAACGUACAAACCAUGGCCGUCCGAAGCCUCCAGAUUCUCCCAAUGUACGGCACCAAAGUCCCAAGAAGAAGCCGGAUUCUAAUGAAGAAGACCAAACGUAUGACCAGUUUGCAGACCUCGAGACUUUCGGCGAAAUAGAUGAUGCGGAUUUAGACGAGUUUGAAGGAGAAGAAAUGCGGGAGAUGAGAUUUAUGCGUGAGCAGGCCCGGUUGGAGGCAGAGGAGGCCGGAAUAGCAAUACCUGAGGACUUUGGGGAGGAUUCUUUUCAAGACGAUUUUGCGGCCCAGACUUGUCCCAUUUGCAGCGGAAGUCUUCAAGGCAUAUCGAUGGACGAUGCGACCAAACACGUAAACUCGUGUCUCGACCGGAACCCCAUACCCCUACCAGGAAACAAGCCCGCCCAGCCCACAUCGCCGGCCCCCGAGGUUGAGGCUGUGGAAGUAAGUAAACGAUUUGCACGCGCAGCAAUUCCGCGACCGGGCCAACCAAACCCAUUUGAGUUGGACAAUGACGGCAAGGAAGUGAAGUCGGCCUUUUCGAAGCUCAUGUCAAACAAAGCGGAAGACUCUGCUUGGGUAGCAGCGGCAGCAGCGGAGAAUGCUUCGAGGGGCCGUCCAGCUUACGAGAGAACUUGCCCAUUCUACAAGAUUAUACCGGGAUUCAAUAUUUGUGUCGAUGCCUUUCGUUACGGUGCUGUCAAGGGUUGCGAGGCGUAUUUUCUAAGUCACUUCCACAGCGAUCAUUAUAUCGGUCUGACGGCGAAUUGGGUACAUGGACCAAUAUACUGCAGCAAGGUGACUGGAAGCUUAGUGAAACAGCAGCUCAGAACUGCUGCAAAGUGGGUAGUGGAACUGGACUUUGAGAAAGCAUAUGACAUCCCGGGAACAGGCGGUGCUACUGUCACCAUGAUACCAGCAAACCAUUGUCCCGGCAGCUCAUUGUUCCUUUUUCAAAAACCCCCUGAGAAGGGAAGCAAUAGGCGUGGCAAGCGAAUUCUUCACUGUGGUGACUUUCGAGCGUGCCCUGCUCACGUUACCCAUCCACUCAUGAAACCUGACCUUAAAGAUGCGACAACAGGGAAGCUGAGCCAACAAAUCAUCGACAUAUGCUACUUGGACACCACCUAUCUCAACCCAAGAUACUCCUUCCCACCACAAGAUGACGUUAUCAAAGCCUGUGCCGACUUGUGUGCAUCACUUUCUCCAGAUCCAACCUGCAAAGACGACAUAUGGGAAAAGGGCGCCAAAGAAGAAGGGACCCAAGCAGUCAGCAAAUAUUUCCACAGUGACAAGCAGAAUACCAAUAGUGUGGAAAGUCCAAAACCUCCGAAACUGGGUCAGCGACUACUCGUCAUCUGUGGCACCUAUUCCAUCGGAAAGGAACGAAUCUGCGUUGCCAUUGCCAAGGCUCUGAAAAGCAAGAUCUUUGCUAUUCCAGGCAAGAUGAGGAUUUGCAAACAGCUCGACGACCCAGAAUUGGCUGAACUGCUAACAUCCAACCCCGUUGAAGCCCAGGUCCACAUGCAGUCACUCAUGGAAAUUCGAGCCGAGACACUCCAGGAAUAUCUAAAUGGCUACAAAGGGCAUUUUAGUCGCAUUGUGGGAUUUCGUCCCAGCGGCUGGAAUUACCGACCACCAAAUAGCAAGCAAAUCACAGCCAACACCUCGCCAACUAGUAUACAAACACAUCAAAUACUUCACGGCAAGGGCUGGAGAACCCGGUUUGGAUACAAAGACUUUGUUGCCCAAAGAGGCAGUACAAAGGAAGCUAUGUGUUUUGGCGUGCCUUAUUCAGAGCACAGUAGUUUUCGAGAGCUGGCCAUGUUCAUAAUGAGCCUAAGGAUAGAAAAGGUAAUUCCCACCGUCAAUGUAGGCAGUGAGCAAUCCAGAAAGAGAAUGAAAGGAUGGCUAGACCGGUGGGCAUCUGAAAGACGGCGCGGUGGGCUUGUUCGUCCUCUCAUAGAAGGACAGGAUAAUGUUGACGACAAGACCAUAUCCCUAUGGGACGAUAAGUCUGGAAAAGGAGGAGGAGCCUGGUGGUGA